CUCUUUUAGAAACUUAUCCUAGUGCUGGUGAAUAUUUGCAAGAUCCAUUUUAUUUAAUACAACACUCUUGGGCACAUGCUUAUACAAGCCGUUUUUUUACAGCUGGUAUGCAAUCAACACAACGUGUUGAGUUAAUCAAUGCAAUUAUCCACAAAGCUGUUUCUUCUAGUUCAACUAUGUCAGAUAUAGAACAAAAUAAAUCAUGUGAAAAUUCAACUAAUUUAACUCUAGCUGAUAAUUCGGAAAGCAUUGAAGAUAUCGAAAACUAUUAUGACUACCGGCAAAUAUAUUUAAA